AUUGCCCCUGCAGACAACUUAAACAAUGCCUUAGGCGCUAUCAGAGUCCUCGGUGUGGAGCUCAUUGAAGAUGAGCUUAAACCCCACUUGAACACAGUGAUGGCCAGCAUUAAGGAGAAGAAGAAAGGUGCUGCUGAGCAGGUGGUGAUCAGUGGGAUCUUGCCAAUCCUUGCUCUGAGCCUGAGAAGCAGAGGGCCUCUGAGUGUGCUGACUGCAAAACUAGUGGCUGAACUUGCCAGGGAAUCUGUAAUUCGUAAAGGUUUUGGUGACACGGGCUUGGUUGCAGCUUUGUUGUCGGUCCUGACCCGUUCAGACCAAGAGUUGCUUUUCCACGCAGUAAGGGCCGUCUCACGCAUGUCUUAUGAUAGCUCUAAGCUGCAGCAACUAUUACUACGCCAAGGUGCGGUGCCUCGUCUUGUUGCCAUCCUGCUCCAGUUUCCUGAUAAGGAGGCUCUGGGGGAUGUGUGCCUUCAGGCCCUCUGUAACAUCAGUGGAAUGGGAUUAGCAGAGGAGGCCGGAAGGGUGUGGGAGAGAGGAGCGUCUGUGAGGCCGGGGGAGUCCGUGUUUCACGGCGUUUCUCCUCACACCUGUGGUUUUGACUCUUCUGUGAUUCUGGUGCGAGUGUCUCAGUGGGGGCCGGGUCAGUACGCAGUCAGCAUCGAGGUUUUCCAGCGCUGCUCGUCCUCUUUCUGGAACCUUUAUGGGAACAAACGGACUGCUCACUGGUCCCCCUUUUCCAGCUUUGGAAGCUGCUCAAAUUUGUACAAGCUGCUCAGGUUCUCUACAAGGAAUAUUCCACGGACGAAAAGUCUGAAGACCCGUGUGUUCCACACUUUCCUCUGAAAUCUGGAAAUACACAAAUAUCUCUGGGCUCUUCCUGUUUACUUUAAUCAGAAAUUUUUAAUUUCUUCUUCUUGUUCGCAUCUACUUUGUAAGGUUCAAUCAAAGAACUAUUUAUUUAUAUGUGUAUUUUCAGAAAUGCUAACUUUUGCAACUACAUGCAUCACGACACGGAUUCGGCAAUUCUGCUGUUUUAGUGUCACACUGUGCUGUUUAAAUUUGGGCAAUAAGUGAACCAAGGAUUAGAUAAAAAAUAAAAUACAAAUACUAUAAAUCGCGUUACAUCUAAAACUUUCUACAGUGAUGCUCUUCAUGUUGAAUCAUUUCACAAGUGCUUGAAAUAAUUGUGAAUUCCUAUUCAAAGGCAGCAAUACUGAGAAUGUUGUUUUCCUAUGUGUUAUCGCUAAUUCAACUUUGUGCUAAAUCUUUGAACGUUUGGAUAUCUUUGGGAAGCUUUAAAUAAUAAAAUAAUUUCAAAUUA